AUGGCCGAAUCCCGUCUCGUGCAAUCGGCUUUCCCGGCGUCCGAAACCUCUCAGGUGCGCAGCGAGCACUCUCCUUCAGUCCUUGGGCCAUUGAACACCACCCAGACAGACAGUGGCCCCCUAUCUGCCGACAAGCCCGAUGAUGGUGCGACAAUCGUCAACCGUCCAACGACCCCCAAGCCUGCUGAGGGGGUGGAUUCCACCCUCUCCAUGGCACAGCCUCCCGCCGGAUCUACCCCAGGCAUUGCGACACCUCCCGCCGGAUCACACGAUCCUAGCAGAGAGGCUACUCCCUCCACGACUACAAAGGCUCCAGAUGCAGCGGAGGUAAAGAAGGAAGAGGCAUCUACGGGCGAGAAGCGUGCUCUUGAUUCAGGUUCUGCGGCCCCUGUCACUACGUCCGGGACAGAUAAACCCCCAGCGGGACCGGAAGAGCCCGAAGUUAAAAAGCCGAAGAUCGACACCGCGGACUCCGACCAAUCCGUGAUAGGCAUGCCGGCGCCUGCAGCAUCCACAAGCGGUGAGAAUCAUGGGCAGCCCAAGAAAACCAGUCGGCCCAAGAAGGAAAAGAUCAAGGAUGCCCUGAAAAAAGCCAUUCCAAGCGAUGGGAUUGGCAGCCGGACUCGCAGCCGCACCAACGGUACUUGA